AAGCGCUGUUUGUGGGUCACAUCCUAACCUAAAAAGUAAGUCACAGUACUAGAGUCUAUACCCCCGGCCCAUCUAAAACUUCAGGACAAUCCCAACAUAUAUUAGUUUUGUAACUCUUGGCUUUGCAGAUAGCUUUUGUUGCUUCAAUUUUGAAUUCUGUAUUGCCUUCCCGUUUUCUAAUUUUGUUUUGAAUCUCGACAUACUUUUUAGAGUGAUGAUUUGUGACAAGAGAGUCGCAAACGCUGUCGGUGGCAAGUCGGCAAGAGCCUGCGAUAGCUGUAUUCGGAAACGGGCUCGAUGGUACUGUGCCGCCGAUGAUGCUUUCCUCUGCGAAGCUUGCGACUCUUUGGUACACUCGGCUAACCCAUUAGCACGGAGACAUGAAAGGGUUCGCCUAAAGACUGCAUCGUUCAAAUCGUCGAACGCAGCUACUGUUAGGAAUUCUGUGCCGGCAUGGCACCGAGGGUUCACUAGAAAGGCGCGGACACCGCGGAAUGGAAAGCCCGUGAAUCAUCGAACACCUAAAUCUGAAGAAGAUCAACCUGCACGAAACCCGUUUCCUCUGGUGCCAGAAGUCGGUGCAGAUGAGACUUCACAUGAAGAAAACGAAGAGCAGCUUCUGUAUAGGGUUCCGAUAUUUGAUCCCUUUGUUGCUGAGCUAUGCACGCCCACGACUCCGAAAGAUAAAGCCGUAGCCAGUGUUGCGAGUGAAGCCGAGAAUAAUAGUUCUAAUGGAAGCGAAUCUAAGGUCUCUUUAUCUAAUAGCUGUGGCCAUGAAGCGGAUAGCUUACAUGGGUUUCUUCCAUCCGACAUGGAUCUUGCUGAGUUUGCUGCUGAUGUUGAGAGCUUAUUGGGUAGGGGCCUUGAGAACGAGAGUUUUGGAAUGGAAGGUUUGGGGCUAAUGGAUUGUAAAUUAGAGAAGGAGGGUUCUUUGUGUAGUGGCGGAAGGGUUAAGCUUGAGGAAGAAGAGGUUAUGGAAGUUGAAGGCACGGCUUGCCCGGGUGAUGAUGCUGAGAUUGAUAUGAUGAGGGAACCCUUUGAAUUCAGCUUUGACUACGAUUCGCAUCCGACGUAUGAGGAGGAGGAUGAGAAGGUGUCUGCUAUGGGUGCGAAGAAGGGUGGGGGAAAUGUGUCGGUGGACGAUGCAAACAAGAAAAGGAAGAUACUGUUGAGGCUGGAUUAUGAGGGUGUCAUCACAGCAUGGGCUAGCCAAGGCUCUCCCUGGACCUCCAGUGAUCGGCCGGAUUUUGACCCUGACGAAAGUUGGCCGGAAUGCAUGGGUAGUUGCGGUACUGAACUUCAUCACCAUUACGUAGAUUAUGGUACUGGAACUGUGGGAAACCCGGCAAUGACUGACGGAGGGAGAGAAGCAAGAGUGUCAAGGUAUAGAGAGAAACGACGAACGCGUCUGUUCUCGAAGAAAAUAAGAUACGAGGUUCGGAAGUUGAAUGCUGAGAAGAGGCCACGAAUGAAAGGGAGGUUUGUAAAGAGGACGUCGUUUGCAGGACCUGCUUUCCCAUCUUUACUUGCCAAAUAAUUAAUCUAACUAUGUACGUUCGUACCCCACUUAGCCUUUGUGCUCAUCAAAAGCUGGAAUAUUGUGUAUAGGGUCCAAUAAAUAACUUGAGAUUUUAGCUUUUCGCCGAUUA